GGGGGUUGGUGUGAAGCAAGAGCAAAUGGAGCAUAGCUGGUCCAGUGAACCUGCAGGCAGCCUGAAACAAUAGCUUGGGGGAGGGGGCUGCCCCAUUCAUCGCAGCGAGACGUUCACUCUGAAGCCUACAGACGGCAGCUAGAAGUGCCAGCAAUGUCACUGGUGGCAGAAGCACCCAGGUCCCAUGCUCUCCCCAGCCGUGCCCUGGCCCGUUCAGGAAGAGGAUGCCCCCAGCUGCCCAGAUGGGAGUGGGACAGCGCCUGAGCCAGGGAGCAGCAGGGAAGGGAGCAAGGAGGGGCUGAGAAUGGGCGGCUCAAGAGGGGCUGGCAGAGAGUAAGGAAACGGCUUCCACUUCCUUGUUUUUCACUUGGGCGUCGCCACGGAGCCGCUGAGAAGGAAACGCAGCAGCAAAACCUGAGCGAGGUGCUGAGUUGAGGCUGCUGGACAACAUGGCCCAGCUCACCCAGGAGCUCGGCACGGCCUUCUUCCAGAGGCACCAGCUGACAGCGGCCAUGGCCGACACCUUCCUGGAGCAUCUCUGUUUGCUGGACAUCGACUCUGAGCCCAUCACCACCCGCAAUACUGGCAUCAUCUGCACCAUAGGUCCUGCCUCCCGCUCUGUGGAGAUGCUGAGGGAGAUGAUUAAGGCUGGGAUGAACAUUGCACGCCUCAACUUCUCGCAUGGCUCACAUGAGUAUCAUGCCGGAUCCAUUGAAAAUAUCCGGGAGGCAACUGAGAGCUUUGCCUCCAACCCCGUUUUCAACCGCCCUGUGGCCAUCGCCCUGGACACCAAGGGGCCGGAAAUCCGCACGGGCCUGGUGAAAGUGGGUGAGAACAUGGAGGUGGAGCUAGUGAAGGGUUCCCGGGUGACGGUCACCACUGACGAUGCCUUCAAGGAGUGCUGUGACCAGGCCACCAUCUGGGUGGAUUACAAGAACCUCCCCAACGUUGUCAAGGUCGGUGGGAAGAUCUUUGUGGAUGAUGGGCUCAUCUCCCUGCUGGUCAAGGAAAUCAGUGCUGACAGCUGCAUAACAGAGGUGGAAAAUGGGGGGAUGCUGUGCAGCCGCAAGGGGGUCAACCUGCCAGGGGCAGAGGUUGACCUCCCAGCUGUGUCAGAGCGGGACAUCCGUGACCUGCACUUCGGGCUGAAGCAUGGCGUGGACAUGAUCUUUGCGUCCUUCAUCCGCAAAGCCGCAGAUGUUGCCGCCAUCCGGGACGUGCUGGGUGAACGCGGCCGCGCUAUCAAGAUCAUCAGCAAGAUCGAGAACCACGAGGGUGUCAGAAAGUUCGAUGAGAUCCUGGAAGCCAGUGAUGGGAUAAUGGUGGCUCGUGGGGACCUGGGCAUCGAAAUCCCAGCGGAGAAAGUCUUCCUGGCUCAGAAGAUGAUGAUUGGCCGCUGCAACCGUGCCGGGAAGCCUGUGAUCUGUGCUACGCAGAUGCUGGAAAGCAUGAUCAAGAAGCCCCGUCCCACCCGGGCAGAGAGCAGCGACGUGGCCAAUGCUGUGCUGGACGGAGCUGACUGCAUCAUGUUGUCAGGAGAAACAGCCAAGGGGGCCUACCCCGUGGAAGCUGUGUGCAUGCAGCAUGCGAUUGCCAGGGAGGCUGAGGCUGCCAUCUAUAACCAGCAGCUGUUUGAGGAGUUGCGUAAGGUGACCCCUCUGAGCCAGGACCCCACUGAGGUGACCGCCAUUGGGGCUGUGGAGGCAUCCUUCAAGUGCUGCGCUGCGGCCAUCAUUGUGCUGACCACUUCGGGCAGGUCUGCACAGCUGCUCUCCCGCUACCGGCCUCGUGCCCUUAUCAUCGCCGUGACACGGAACGAGCAGGUGGCACGCCAGGCACACCUGUGCCGGGGCGUCUUCCCUGUUCUUUAUCGGGGGGCACAGCAGAAGGUGUGGGCAGAUGAUGUGGAUCGCAGAGUGCAAUUCAGCAUAGAGAUGGGGAGGGUGCGUGGAUUCCUGCGCUCCAAUGAUGUCGUCAUUAUCGUGACAGGCUGGAGACCUGGCACCGGCUACACCAACAUCAUGCAGGUGGUGAAGGUGCCGUGAAAAGCUGCUGGGAGAGAGGGGCUGGGGCAGAUGCUUCCAUCUCCCACACUGGGAGCUCCCUGCUUCACUCCAUACUGUGGUCCUCUCUGUAUCACACAGCUUCCAGGCUUCAGUCAGUAAACAUUCCCUCCCAA